AUGAGUAAGUCCGGCUCUCUGAAAGUGAAGAAUUUAUUCAAAAUAAAAUCACCGGACAAAGACAGUAAAGAGCAGAAACACUCCAACUCUUUGAAAAAGGAUGGAGACGCGAACAGUUCCAGGACAAAGUCCGAGACUUUACCUGCGAGUCCCGACCCUCUCAGCCCGGGAGAGACCGUCACUCUGCCCGGGGAUGUUUUACCUGUUUCCCCGAAAGAGAAGAAGGCGAAGCGGCUGCUGUCGUUCAAGCUGAAGCGGAAAAAAUCCAAACGGAAAGACGGAGGAGGAGGAGAGGUCUUCUUCCCUGAGACUGAUGAACUGGACAGCUUCCACAGCCUCCAGAACUAUGACCAGAUGAGCAUUUCCACAGAGUGCAGUUUCCGGACUGAAUCUGACUGGGACCCUCACUCUGAGUCCACCUCCAUGAUCAGCUUCGACAUGAGCCAGCUGCAGGGCCCCAUUUCUCCCUCCAAAUUCUUCAAGAAUUCGGAGGAGAAGAGGGGGAUGUUCAAUCGCCUAAGCAACUUCUUCAGCUCCAAGAGGAAGAAGAGCAGGCGGCAUUCAGAUGACACGAGCACCCCGACGUCCCCAUUAUCUCCAGAUUCUCCUCAGUCUCUAGAGGACGAACUACAGACUCCAACUCUGUCUCGAAAAGACGGCGAGCUAACAGGCCCUGAUUAUUCAAACAUAAUAAAUGCAGCAGAGCAUGGCGACACCUUGAGUCAGGGCUCCAGUCCCAGCAGCUCCAGCAUGGCUUCUCUGCUGUUUGCAGACAGAAACAGCAUCGGACGGAGCAGUGUGAGAGAGGUGCAUGUGUGCAAGGUCAGCACUGGCAGCGGUGAAAGGAAUUCUGGGAAUGUCACUCCCACCAACCUGGACCUUGCUCAACUAGGCGAUUCUGGCUCUGAAAUAAGCUUUACGGAGUCGGUGGUGGAGGAAGUGAGCAAGAGGCUGCAUUUGAGUUUGGAGGGAGAUCUCCAGAAGAGUGCAGAGGACAAUGCAGCUGAUGACACAACAAUGUCCACUUUCAAGGUCCCUCUUUCAAAGCCAGCUGAAGCUCCCAAGUCACCCAACUUAAUCUCGAUAAGUCUGGCGUCAAAGAAAUCAUCAGUGACAGUCGGAGAAAAGGGGAACAGCACUGCUUUAAGAGGAAUAACUUUAGGCUCUCAGUCAUCCACGUCACAUCUUAUCACGACUCAAGAGGAAGGAAAAGGCUCGCCAAACAGCGACAAGAGGAGGGGUCGGGUAUUCUCUUUGGAAACGGCCUCACAGAUAUUGAGCUCUUCACCUGAAAAAGAGCUAACGCCCCGAGGUGAUUCUCCUGCCCAACUUCACAAAGCAGUAUGGGUGGAAACACACCUGGGACCAGAGGAGGAGGGGGAGGAAGAGAGGGAUAUAAUAAAAGAAGAGGAGGAGGGCUUCAGAGCAGACUCGCCUCCUGUGCUGGCCAUACCGGUCACAGUUAUUCCUGAGGAAGAUUUCGUUACUGCCGACAGCCCUACUACCCCCUCAGAGACUCAACCCUCGAAUAGUGGCUUGCCAGAAGCAGACAUCACCUUGGCAGUGACUACACGGGAGUUACAAACAAACUCAGAGCAGACAGAGGAGAAUGACACUGGCACGCACCCAAAGCAAAGUUCACCUCAGGAGAGACGUGAUUCAAGAGAAGUACGUGUGACGCGCAAGACGGUGAAUCUGCCUUCCAAAAACAGAGUCUUUGCUGAGAGGGUUUACAUCAGCCCGGAGCCGAGUUUGGAUGGAGAAGAGGAAAACAGCCGGGAUUCAACUGCAAAGACUGCAGAUGCAGCAGAGGUGAAACUACUGCCAAGCCUCCAAAACAACAAUGUGGAUCUUCAGGAAGCUAAUCUUGGACCAGUACCAACAAAUGAUGAGACAAGUCAUGCUGACAGAAAUAUUCCUAAAGCCUUAGAGAAAGAAAAAACAGACUCUGAGGUCUCUGAAUUGGAUGAUACCUUUUUGUCUUCAGACAUGUACAGAACAAAGCUACAGGUGGAGGGGUCUGUGGUCAGAGGUAAAGAAACGGACCAGGCUACACCCACCAAACGAGGGCUUAAAGGAGCAGCAGAGAGUCAGCAUACCACAGCAAGUGGAGCAAAGACCCCGUCCUCGGCAGCUGGCAGCAGGGCCAAGAAUGUGACAACAAAGGCGAAAGCCUCCACGGAGAGCACAGGAGUGGAAACUUCCAGUGAUAUGCCAGCACAGGGCGAACCAAGCAAUGAAAAAACUGUUUCCAUGUUACCAACUUUAAAAGAACAAAGCAGCAGCAGUCCUUCAAGUGUAGCAGGGUCAAAGUCUAAAAUCCCAAAGAGACCGACAUUAGAGGCUGAUGUGAAAUCACCAGAUAAAACACUGAUGACUGAGGCCUCAGCAGUCACAUCCAAAGUACAGAAACAACCAAGAGGCAAAGAAGCUCUGAGAUCUCCAGUCACUCCAACUAAAACUGGCAGGAAACCAAGUUUUGAGGAAGCCAAGGGAAGAAAAGCUUCAUCAGGAGAUGUUUCUCCCACAAAACACAGGACAGGAGCAAAACUCCUUAAGGAGAAGUCGGAGGAGGACAGUGACUCUGUUAACCUGGUAAAUGGUGUGGUGAGAGACCACGAGGAGAGUAAAACCAAAACAGUGUCUCCAGUAGACAGAGAAAGCCCAGAUGCCAAAAAACGAGGACAAAACCAUGUUGACAGUAACGCCUCACCUAAGACCCGGCUGCCUGUCUCAUCUCCAGCAAGAAAGAGGAAUAUGAACAUAUCUCUAAACACUGACACUAACUAUAAAAAGACUACGUCUGGUCAGACAGACUCGGACAGACAGAAGAAGCAGAGUUCAGAGCAGCAAGAAGGGGCCAUCUUUGAGAGACCUGGGAGUACAACACCGCCUCCACUUCCUGAAAGUCCAAAGAGAGGAGGCAUGCUGUCACCAAGAUCUUCCAAGAACCUUUCUAAAAGUACUGCCAGCCAUGAAGACAGACAUUCACCUACAAUGCGUGCCUCUCCUACGUCACGUGCCUCUCCAACUCCCACCAAGCAGGAGAAAACUGCUCCAUCCAGGCUCAAACAGAGCGACAACACCAAACCACCCAGGAGUCCAGGUAAAGAUUCACUCGAUCCCACGUCGCCAGUAAGCAAGCUUCCUACAAGAGGUCAGAAGGGCUCCAACAAAGUCAGAUCCACAAAACAGUCACCAACACGCAGCUCUGCAACCACGUCGUCAUCUAAACUGGAGGAAUCAAAAGAGAACAGCAAUACAGAUAGAUCUGAGAGUGUCAUAGCUGAUCGAGUGGAGGAUGAUUCGACUGUGUCUACAGAGGAAGACAAUCGAUCCAUUUCCGGUGAAACCAAACAGGAAGAAAAAGAAACAACUGAGUUAGAGGAGGGCAUGAUUAGCCCUUCAUCUGAAGAGAUUUCAAAAAUCCUAGCAAUACCAAACAAUGAUGUCAUUAUUCCAGGAAAAUCUCAAGCGGAAAUUACACUAAUUACAGGCCCAGAAGAUAAGGACUCCCCCGGUACUAAGGCUGUCAAAUCAAGCCAAUCUAAGUCACGAGUUUCUACUUUAACCAAUGCAAAGAGAGCUAGCCAGGAAGGACAGAAAGCAACCAAACAACAAUCAAAAGUUUUGUCUCCACCCAAAAAGGCUUCUCCCAUUAAAAGAAACACCACCAUGGAGGAACAGGAGGACGUUUCAUGUAAGACUUCCACAGAGGAAAUACAAGACACUGGAGAGACAACCCAGCUGACAAGUAACAUAAAACCAGACUCAAUCCAGGUGAAAGGACUCGCAGAGCCAAAUUCUGCAGAGCUAGCUCAAAGUACAAUGCAAGCUUUGGAGGAUGUAACUGAUACAUCAGCCGUACCUGCCGGGGAUGACGGCAUUCACAGUGACAUAAUGGCCCAGUCUGAUCAGGAAGGUGUUGAGUCUGUGAGUAAGAAAACAGAUAACAAAUCUACAACCGGAGAGAGUCCCACUGUGAAAUUAGACUCAAAAGACACACUUUCAACCUCAUCCACUGCUGUUUCUGCUGAUCCCAAUGUCAAAGAAUCAGUGAAAGAGUUAAAGGCAGAAGAGAAAAUUAGUGGUGAGGUUGGCAGAAAACCAGCAAAGACUUUGGACAUUCAAACAGUGGCUGUGACUGUUUGUGAAUCACCCAAGAAUGUUGAAAACCAGCCGGACAAAGAGCCUCUUUUAGUAGCAGGAGAAAUUGAAAAACAAGAGAAAGACUCCAAACCAAAUGAGAGGCUGAAUGAGGCAGCAGCGGAAAGCGAUGAGUCACUAAACAGUGGCAAGAAGGAGCUCGGGGCCAUAACCAGCAAAGAUAAAAUGGAGAAAGACACUACAGAACAAGAGAAACCAGCACGUCUGUCAGCGGAGGAGAAAUGUUUCAAGCCUGAAUCAGAGACAGAACCAAAGUCGAUGGUUACAGAUUCCCUGGAAGAGAAGAAAGAGCAAGAAGAAAACAUAAUCCAAGAUAAUAAUGCCAGUGUGGCCAAAACAAAGCAGGAAUGUGCAAUCCUCUUAGAAGAAAAUGCAGCGAUUGGUAACACGAAAACGGAUCAGCAGAUCAAGGAAAUAACAGUGGACAAGGAAGCAGAACACAAAGCACUUAAUACCAAAGGUGAGGUUGUUAAAAUGAAUGAUACGAACACAGAGGAUGAACAUGCUGAUGGUGCAAAGGAGAAGAAAACUCCAGAAAUCCCUGAAGAAGAGAAUAAAACAAAGGAGUCAUCAGCGAAAAGUUUGAAGAACAAGACUUCAGGUACUACUGUUAUCAGUGAAGUUAGCAUUCAGCAAGAGAAGAAGUCAGAGGCUGUAAAAGAAGACAUUAAAAAGCCAGAGAGUGACAAAUCCACAAAAUCCAAUGCUGACUUUGAGCAGCACACGAAAGAAAAUGCUAAGACUUCAGAUAUUGUAGUUCCACCAGUGGAUAUUACUCAAAAAGCAGAAGUAAACAAUGAAACCAAGGGUGCCGAAGAACCUAAAGAAGAAGUGCAAACAAAGAAUUCAUCAGUUGCUUAUGAUAACAGCGAAGUCAGCGUACAACAAAGUCAUGACUCCAGAGUUUUAGAAGGCCAAGAUGAGCACACUAAGUCAGCACAAUCUGAAAGUCCAAAAGCUCAUGAAGAAGAGCAAAAUGCUCAACAAAAGAUAACAGAAAGCCAGUCUUCACAAGCUCAAGAACAAAAAUCAGAAACCCGGAGUGAUAAAUCUACAAAAGACGAUGCCAAAACAAAGGAGCAGAAAAAGAACUCCUUUAUCGUCAAAAAUAAGAAAAUUAAAAGUCCAGAGAAAAACAAAUCUGUAAGUCCAAAUGCAAACAGAGAGAAGCAACCUCAGAAGUCAGCAGGAAGUCCAGCUUUACCAAUGGAUACAUCUCAAGAAGAGACUAAAACAACAGGUUUAUCAUUGCAAAGUUUGGUAAAAGAGACUGUUGAUCAAGAGAAAGACAGUACAAAACAAGCAGCAGAUAAUUUAACCAAAUCCAAACUUCCAAAAUCUAAUGAAGAAAAGAAACCAGAAAUGGACGAGAUUCUGGAGAAGACAGCAGGAAGUCCAGCCUUACCAGCGGGUACAUCUCAUGAAGAGACCAAAACAAAGGGUUCACCGGAGCAAAGUUUGGAGAAAGAGAAAGACACUAAAAGACAAGCAACAGACAAUUUGACUGAACCCCAACUUCCAAAAGCUAACAUAGAAAAGAAACCAGAGAGGGAAAAUGCUCCAGACAAGACAUUUGAGAGCAAAGUUUCACAAAUGGACUCAGCUGAAGAACCAGAAGCAGUGAGCAAUGAAACCCAAGAUGACAAAGCAAAUGUUUCAACCACUGAAAAUGCAGCAAGAGAGACUAAGAAACCAGAACCAAACCUUGUGAAAGACAAGUUAGAAAAUCAAGUGAUAAAACAAGAAGAUCAGAAGAUUACAUCAAAGAUAGAUGCCAAGAAAGGGUCAGAACCAAAUUUUGUGAAAGACACACCCAGCAAAGAGGUCGCUGAACAAAACUACGAGCCUACAACAGUUUCUUCUACAAGUUCUGACACUCUGACGGAUGUGGAAGAUGCCAAAGAAAAAACAAAAACCAACAGUGUUUUGAUGCAGGGACUUCUGCCCACAAGACUAGAGAAAGCUGUAAACUGCAGUGACCCUCAAAAGCUUGCAAAGCCAACAGUCAACAGCAUGUCUGCUACAGGAAAACCAUCGUUCCCAUCUCAGCUAAAGAAUGAGUUUCCAUCUAGCUGGCUGGAUGUAGAAAACAAUCAAAAACAGAAAAAAGUGCAUAAAAGACGACUACAAACUUCAGCGAGUGAGGAUGAAUCUCUUGAUCCUGAUGAAGUUGAUGAUUUUAUCAGGAGCAUUAAAGAGGGCAGCGUUCCUUUCUCGCUGCCUCCAAAGAGGCGAAUUCAGAGAAAGUCCCCGUCUCCACCUUUUGCGAUGCCAGCUAUUAGGGAGGACCAUUUUGAGAAAACGUUUGAUCCAGAGCAAUUUCAGUUUGGAUUAGGAGGAAACGUGAAAAGUUUAAGGGACCCUUCACCAGCUAUGGUGAUUAAAAAAAAGGCAGCUCAAAGAGAAGGGCGAUCUGUAGAGAAACGCAGGCAGGAUAAUGGCAUGAGCAUGUCUACAGAAAUUGAAACACUUGAUGAGACAGAAGGACAAGAUGAAGUCAGAGAUGGGGCAGAUGCUGACGUGGAGAAUGAGGAGACACAACAGAAUGGAGAGGAACCUUGGAAGCCAAAGUCACGGCUUGGGAGGAUGUCCAUCCUCUCUGGCUUACUGAGCUCCCCUCGGUCCUCCAGGAAGACCAAAGAGGAAGUGACGUCUACCUCAAACAGCACACUGACGUCUAACCAACAAAAUGACCUGCCCGCGCUGGAACAACAAGGUGUGGCUGUUGCUGAAGCAGAUAAGGAGGGUGUGAAAAGUACAGAUCUAGACUCACAUGUGAGUGGUGGUGCAGGUAAAGUUGAAGAGUCAGCACUCAACCACUCCUCUCCACCUCCUCCUAUGCCCACAUUUGCAGAGAUAAAGCUGCCUGAUCAUUUAGAGAAAUACCUCAAGGUGAACAAAAGAGAGCCAGAGACCUCCCAGGAAUCCACUGAGACAAAUAUACUGAACCCCAUGGGGAGCACUGAGAUGGACCAGAGCACAACAACAGCAGCAGCACUGACUGAUGUAGAUGUGAAGAGGCCUGCAGGACUACCUCCACCCAGCAACCACAGCCAGAAGACUGCUAGAAGUGGAUUCUCUGCCUCUAAGCCUAAGAUACCAGCGGUCAGAGGAUUCCACAAAAGGCCUGGGAAGAUUGUUGUACAUGAACUUGCUCAGUUUGAAGGGAAAGCAUUUGAGCUCUACAGUGAUGUAGAGGACGCCACUGCUAUGAAGCUGUCUCCUGUGAUCUCAGUCCGAGUCGUCAGAGGAUGCUGGCUCCUCUAUGAAAAACCUGGUUUCCAGGGUCGUAUCAUCGCCCUGGAGGAGGGUCCUACAGAUGCAAUCGUAAAUAUGUGGGCAGAGGAGGGUUCGCCAACAACAUUAGACCAGAAUGGCCAGCCUGUACCGACAGCUCCUAUGAUCAUUGGAUCAAUACGCCUGGCAGUCAGAGACUACAGUGUACCGCAGAUUGAUCUGUUCACUGAGGUCAAUGGGAUGGGCAGGGUGUCGUCUCACUGUGACGAUACCGUAGAGAUCGGCUCUUAUGGGAUGCCACAGACCACUGGAUCCAUCAAGGUCCACUCUGGAAUCUGGCUGGUGUACACUGAUCCAGGGUUUGGAGGAUUCGUAAGCGUCCUGGAGGUUGGGGAGUAUCCCUGUCCAGAGACAUGGGGUUUCCUGCAGCCCUUCAUCGGCUCUCUCAGACCUCUCAGGAUGGGAGCGAUAAGGGUGGAGCAUCCUAAUGAAGUCAAGGCCUUAGUGUUUGAGAAGCCAAACUUUGAAGGGGAGCGCAUAGAGGUCGACUGUGAUGUUUACAACCUACAGGAAGAGCCAGAGGAGGAAAAUGAGAGUGAAAACAAAAAGAUGCUGCCUACAGUUGGGUCCAUAAAAAUACUUGGUGGUCUCUGGGUUGGCUAUCUGGAGUCAGACUUCGAGGGACAGCAGUACAUCCUGGAGGAGGGGGAAUAUCCUCACUGGAGCGACUGGGGAGGAACUGAGGAUGGGAUCCUCUCACUGCGGCCUGUAUGCACAGACUUCCAGUCUCCUCAUGCUAAACUGUGCAGUGAGCAGCACUUCAGCGAGCGCGGGUUCAGCAUGGACCUGCUGGGUCCCGUCAUCAACAUGGAGGAUGUAGGCUACAGCACUAAAACUCAGUCUGUCAGCGUCAUGGGUGGAGUUUGGGUGGGAUUUGAGAAGCCUGGAUUCAGUGGGGAGCUCUACAUCCUGGAGAAAGGCCUUUAUGUGAGCCCAGAGGACUGGGGAGCCCAGAACCAUAAGAUCUCCUCCAUACAGCCUGUUUUCCAUGACUCUCUGAUGGGAACACCAAAAUUCAAGGUGAAACUGUACUCUGAGCCACACUUCCAGGGACGGCUGGUGGUUCUGGAGGAGAGCGCAGCAGCUCUGGACGAGGACUUUAUGCCGAGGUCUUGUAAGGUGCUGGCUGGCAGCUGGGUUGCUUAUGGAGGAGCACAGUUCACAGACAGCAUGUACGUGUUGGAGGAAGGAGAAUACCCCAACACUGACGCCAUGGGCAUCAUGUCAUCAGACUCCACCAUCCGCUCCAUACAGACCACAGGACAUGAGCUUUCUCUCCCCUCCAUCACUUUGUUCAGUAAGGACGGCUGCAGAGGUCGUAGGGUGGUGUUGAGUAAAGGAGCUGUCAACCUUCAGCGGGAAGGCCUGGACGCUCGAAUACGCUCCCUGGUAGUUGAGGGAGGAAUGUGGGUGUUGUAUGAAGGCAUUAACUACUUUGGACGACAGCUGCUUCUGCAGCCAGGUGAAGUCCUUGAUUUGUUCAAGAUAAGCGGCUGGCAGCGAAUAGGAUCCCUGCGUCCAUUACUCCAGAAGCAGAUGUGCUUCCGUCUGCAGAACAGGGAAACAGGAAGUGUGAUGUCACUGACAGGAACUCUGGACGACAUCAAGCUGAUGAGGGUUCAGGCUGUGGAGGACACCGGAGGGGUGGAGCAGAUCUGGCUCUAUCGGGACGGGCAGCUUACCUGCAAGUUGGCGGAGGACUGUCUCCUGGAGACCUCAGGUAAUGUGGUGAUGGCAGGCUGUCGGCUCAUCAUCUCUCCAGAGAGAGGAAAGGGGAACCAGUUUUGGAACAUCACUGCAGACGGCCUCAUACGCUGCCAGCUCAAACCAGAUCUGGUCCUGGAAGUCAAAGGUGGUCAGCAGUAUGAUAAGAACCAGGUGAUUCUUAACACCUUUGAUGAGAGAAAACUUAGCCAAAGGUGGACUUUGCAUAUCCUGUGAUCUGAUGGGAGGCUUUUAUUUCCAGAUGAACUCUUCACAGCUCCCUGCUGCAGCUCUGCCAGGGGCACUGAGCCCUGUCAUGGAGCUCCACCGUAGCACCCACAGCACACAGAAGCACCUAGUACGGGUUAUGACCAAACACUGCACUCUUUUGUAGUAUUUUGACUCUCAUUUGCUGUUGUUGAGUAGGUUUUUUUUUUUUUUUUUUUUUUUUUUUUUUUUUUUUUUUUUACUUGACCAGCAAUAGAUCCUAUCAUUGUCAGGUUAUAAGAUUUGUUAAGUUUUUUUUAGAAACUUUAUAAACCAAAGACUCCAUUUUUUCCUCUCUGUUCUCUCUGCAUGUAGUGAGAACUCAGCCCUGUCUUAAUGCUGCUUUUUACUUCAUGGUACUUUUCUUCUGCAGGGGUCCUGUGUCUGCUCUUUAGAUAAAAUGUAUGAAACAUGAAUGUAAACUUUAUACUGACAGCUGCAAUAUGAAGUCUGACAUGCCCUCACUCCAAAGAUCUUUGUAGAAUAUUGUUCUUGUAAACAUUUUUGUUGCCUUUUUGAAUUUUCAAGGUUUUUAUCUUUUCAUUCAAACGCCUUUACAGGUCUAGUUUGUACAGAAGCAUCAAGUGUAUAGUCAAGAGUUUUACUUCCAAAGCAGAACUUUACUAAAAAUCUGCUUCCUGCUGGUUGUAAAUAUGUGAAAAAGGAAACUGUUACACACGAAUAAAGGAUGUGAUUUUAUUUCCUGUAUCUUUUAUAAAUAAAUUGUCUUUCCUAGGACAUUA